AUGGAAGUCUGCCAGAACGGUAUUAUAAUCUUCAAAGCCAUGGCGCAGAAGACAGUCAUGACGUGGGAAGACACCCCAGUCGGUGGAAUCGAGCCUUCAAGGCCAUUGCCAGAUUGCAUGUUCUCGGUAGUUAUUAAUAGCGUGAGCGACAGUUUCACAGGCGUGGUCAGCAGUGAUGCGAUCUCGAGCCUACUUACUUCCUCUCUUAGUGGGAACCGACCAACUACACCGGCGUUCGAAACUACACUCUGGAUUACUGCGCCAACUGCUGCAGUGACUGUAGGAAGGAAUAAAUUUGUUCCAAUGAAAUCGUUGACGCCACGUCCUGCUCAUACCGAGAUUGAGCACUUCCUUCUCAUCGAGGACUACGCGGGAGCUGCCACCGACUACAUUAUUUUACAACAGACUCAGAUGUCUCGCAUGAAUGCUUCCUACAACAAGCAAAACCAGGAAUUGGCCAAUAAAUUCCUCCGUCACUUUAGUGAAACCUACUACGUUCGGUCCCGUGGGAACAAAGCGAGUUCUCGGAAUGUUACCUAUACUCUAGAGAAAUUCCCGAAACUGCCUCAGUUCCUGGCCAUCCAGGAGUGCCAGGAUCCUGAGUGCUAG